AUGUAUUUUCCUCGAUCAGUUCUCAUAACCGGUGCAAAUCGUGGCAUCGGCUUCGGGCUAGUUCAACAAUUUCUAAAACACCCCGAGGUCAAAAUCAUCAUCGCAACUGUUAGAAAUAUUGAAUAUGCUGACAAUUUGAACGAGAUUCAGGAUUCAAGGCUGCAUGUUUUGCCAUUAAUCGUGACUUGUGAUAAAUCAAUCGAUGAAUUGGUGGAGAAUGUGACGAAAAUUUUGGGUGAACAUCAAGGUUUGAAUUUGUUGGUGAAUAAUGCUGGAAUUGCGGUGGAGUAUGGCACGAAAUCGGUUGGUUUUUGAAUUAUUUUGGCGAUAUUUAAAGUUGACUUCAUUUCAGGAACCUUCACGUCAAAAACUGUUAGAACAACUCGAUGUAAAUUCCAUUAGCCCCGUCAUAAUCUCUCAAAAAUUUCUUCCACUUUUGCAAAAAGCUGUAGCCAAUAGCGGAAAUGCUCCGAAUUUCAGCAUCGCAAAAUCAGCAAUCAUCACGAUUUCCAGCAGAGUUGGAUCGAUUUCAGAAAAUACAAAAGAAAUGAAAUGGUCUAAUUUGCUGGCUUAUCAGAUGAGCAAGGUAGAAAUUCGCGAGUUCGGCUAACUUGUAACAUAUCUUUGCAGACCGCCGUGAAUCAAUUCACUCGAACAAUAGCCAUUGAUUUGGAGAGCGAUGGAAUUCUCGCAGCUGCAUUUUGUCCUGGUUGGGUGAAAACUGAUAUGGGAUCCGCUUACGCUGAAUUGACUGUAGAGGAAUCAACUUCAGCGUUGGUGGAGAGUUUUGCUAAAUUGACCAAGGCACAUAGUGGUGGAUUUUUCAAGCGGGAUCUCGAAGUUAUCCCGUUUUGA